AUGCUAAACACAUUCCUUUUCUACUACUACCUCAUCCACAUUCCCAUAACAAUCCUAAUCGAUGCAUCAGUAAUCAUCCCCACAAAAUACCACACAACAUUAACCACCCAUUUACUCCAAUUCCACAUCUCACAAAAUAACGACAUCCUUCUCCUCCAUCCGCAAACUUGGUUCAAAGCAUUCAUCGCUAUUGAGUGUGUUGUUCAACUCCCACUUUUUUUCUAUUUCGUUACUAAGCAUUUACGCUCAAAGCUUGAUGUGAGAUAUUACUUGUGGUCAGUAAUUUAUGGGUUCAAUGCAAGUUUUACUACUUUGGUAUGUUUAGUGUAUAUAUCUAUUGACGGACGAGUGGUGUAUGGAUUGAGUGGAGUUGAAGUUGUUAAAUUGUGGGGGAUUUACUUGCCAUAUUUGACUAUUCCUUUAAUUAUAUUGAUCAAUGGAUUUAACAAAAUUGUUGAACAAAAUGACAAAGUGAAGGAAAAAGCUUAG